CUCCCCAGAAGGUGACUGGCUCCCGGACGAGCCCCCACUUUGUGAGAAACGCUCUGCAGCCAAUAACAUAGGCUCAGGCGAGGAUCUCAGUGAAGUAGCUUUUUUAUUCACGAUUGCAAUGGCAGGCGUCUUGCAAGCAGGAGCGUGCCUAUUAGUUCCAUAGCACAAUUUAUAUAGUUUCUCUCUCGACGACCGGGACCCUCCCCUGUUUCCCCAUUGAAUGGGAAGUUCAGGUUCACAACCUAUCCGACGCUUCACAGAUAAUGCACGGCUUUCAAUUACCAGCCUCUUAUUUUUCAAGUUUCUCCUGAGUUUUACGCUGUGAGGUGGCAAUAUUUUUUACCUUAUCAGACUUGAUGUGACACCGUGAUUUAUGCCUAAUUGCAUUAAAGAGAACGGUUGUAGUCUGCAUUUCACAAGGUUGUCUGGUAAGCUUUUAUCACUGCAACCGUAUCUCAAUAUCACAUUCCUUCCUCCUAAGCAAUGUAAAAUCUCAUUCAAAACCACAAAAACAGGCCUUCUUACGCUUUUUAGGCUCCAAAGCCUUCUUUUCAGGCUCCAGAACAUCCACUUGGCAUCCCAAGUCUUCUUCUGAUCACUGUGGUUUUACUCGGGUGGGCAGCCGAGCUCCACCACAACCGCUCUCUCACUUCCCCCCCCCCCCCAAAGAGGAAGGGCGAGAAAAUACAACACAAAGAGCUCGAGGUUUGAGAUGAGAAUGAUUUAAUUAAAGGGAAAGGGGAGAAAAAAGAAAUAAAAGAAACAAUAAGGCCGCACGGAAGCACGUAGAGAAAGAAAAAAAAGUUAUUCUCUACUUCCCAUCAACGAGCGAUGUUUGGCCACAUCCUGGGAAGCAGGGCCUCAAAACGCGUAGCGGUUGUUCAGGAGGACAGACCCCUCCCCCACGAGAGCCCCCCUUUUUAUUGCUGAGUGACAUCAGGUGUUAUGGAAUAUCCCUUUGGUUGGUUUAGGUCAGCUGCCCUGGCGAUGUCCCCUCCCCAUCACUUGCCCACCCCCAGCCUGCUGGCUCUUGGGGGCUUGGAGGGAGUCCCGAUGCUGUGCCAGCACUACGCAGCAACAGACACAACACUGGAGUGAUACCAGUGCUGUUCCAGCUACGACUGCAGAGCACAGCACUGUGUGGGCUGCUGCAGGGAAAGGUGACUCCAUCCUAGACAGACCCAACACAAUCACCUAAACCCUCAGUUUGCAGGCCCAGGGGCUCCUUUGUAGGGACCAAGCCCUUUGGUUCAGGGCCCUGAGACUGCUCUCUGCAGACAAAGCUGGAUUCUUAUUGCAUACACCCUCACUUUUAUGGCCCAGGCUGUCAUUUUCAGGGCACGAUGCCUUAUCUUUAGGGCCCCCAGUUGCACUGUGAGGUGCAGAGCUGCCUUUUAGGGUACAAAGCCUUAUUUGUGAGGAAAUACCCCGCUUCUUCAGGUCCCAAAUCCUCACGCUAGGAGACAAGGCCUCAAUUUGAGGGCCCAGAGCCUCCUUUAAGGGUCCAAACACCCAUUUGGAGGGACCAAAGCAUCAUUGUAGGGUCCAGUCCGUGAGCCAGAGACUCCAAAGGCCCAGGGUCCAGGUCUAAAGCCUCACCUUGACGACCAAGCCUCCCCACGCUCCCGCUCCGUCCCCAUUUUAAGUCUUCAAAGCCGCAUUAGUAAGCCCCCGUGUUUCCUCUCUAGGCUCCGAAGCCUUCUUUUCAGGCUCCAGAACCUCCUCUUGGCAUCACAAGUCGUCUUCUGAUCGCCUAAACCCUCAGUUUGCAGGCCCAGGGGCUCCUUUGUAGGGACCAAGCCCUUUGGUUCAGGGCCCUGAGACUGCUCUCUGGAGAUAAAGCUGGCUUCUCAUUACUUACACCCUCGCUUUUAUGGCCCAGGCUGUCAUUUUCAGGGCACAAUGCCUUAUCUUUAGGGCCCCUUAGUUGCACUGUAAGGUGCAGACCUGCAUUUUUAGGGUACAAAGCCUUCUUUGUGAGGAAAUACCCCGCUUCUUCAGGUCCCAAAUCCUCACGCUAGGAGACAAGGCCUCAAUUUGAGGGCCCAGAGCCUCCUUUAAGGGUCCAAACACCCAUUUGGAGGGACCAGAGCGUCAUUGUAGGGUCCAGGCUGCAAGCCAGAGACUCCAAAGGCCCAGGGUUCAGGUCUAAAGCCUCACCUUGACGACCAGGCCUCCCCACGCUCCCCCGUGACUGCUCUCUGGACACAAAGCUGGCUUCUUAUUGCUUACACCCUCACUUUUAUGGCCCAGGCUGUCAUUUUCAGGGCACAAUGCCUUAUCUUUAGGGCCCCCAGUUGCACUGUAAGGUGCAGACCUGCAUUUUUAGGGUGCAAAGCCUUAUUUGUGAGGAAAGCUCCCUCCCUCCCCAUUUUAAGUACUAUAAAUAUGAGGGGUUAGAGGGGGGUUGGGUGAAGGGAAGGGUUGUGUUGUCAUGGUGGCUUGGGGGCUUACCAUACCCACCCCAGCUGAUGUUUGCUCUUUUGUCAGCUUUAAUCCAGAAGCGGGAUCUUAACACGGAAAACACAGGGGAGACUUUACUGCUCUCCACAUCUACCUUAAAGGAAGUUGUGGGGAGCUAGGGGUCGGCCUCGUCUCACAGACAACUAGUGACAGGACUAGAAAGUAUGGCCUCAAGUUGUGCCAGAGGUUUAGUCUGGAAAUUAGUGGUGGUUUUCUCGGGUGGGCAGCCAAGUUCCACCGCAGCCUCUCUCUCACUCCCCCUCCUGAAUGGGAAAGGGGGAGAAAAUACGAUGCAAAGGGCUCAAGGGUUGAGAUAAGAAUGGGGACAUCACUCAACAAUUAUUGUGACAGGCAAAACAGACUCAGAGCAGGGAGACAUUAAGAAUUAUUGCCUAUUACUAACAAGCUAGAGAAGUGAGAAACAAAAGAAAGAAACCCAAAACACCUUGCCCCCAUCCACCCUCCUCUACCUCUUUAACCAAGUGGUGCAGGGGAAUGGGGGAAUGGCGGUUCUGGUCAGUCUAUAGCACUUCGUCUCUGCCGUUCCUUCUCGGUCACUCUCUUCCCCUGCUCCAACGUGGGAUGCGGUCGUUCCCAAAGUGAUCCUGCGUGGGCUUCCCACAGGCAGCAGCUCUUCAAGAACUGCUCCAGAUACGGGUCCGUACCACGGGGUCCAUCCGUCAGGAGCACACUGCUCCAACCUGGGUCCCCCACGGGCAGGCAGCUCCUGCCAGGUCACCUGCUCCUGCGUGGGCUCCUCUCCACGGGCUGCAGCUCCGGCCCGGAAUCUGCUCUGGCGGGGAUCCUCCACAGGCUGCAGCCUGCUUCAGUGUAGGUCCACCUGCUCCACCGUGGCCUCUUCCACGGGCUGCAGCGUGGAACCCUGCUCCACCGUGCUACUCCAUGGGCUGCAGGGGGACAACCUGCUUCACCGUGGUCCUCGCCACAGGCCGCAGGGGAACUUCUGCUGUGGUGCCUGGAGCACCUCCUCCCACUCCUUCACUGACCUUGGGUCUGCAAGGCUGUUUCUCACUCCUCUCUCUCUCCCAGCUGCUGUUCCGCAGCAGCUUUUUCCCUUUCUUAAAUAUGCUCUCACAGAGACGCAAACAACACCGCUUAUUGGCUUGGCUCUGGACAGCAGCAGGGCCCUUAUCUAAAAUGGGGCAGCUUCUGGAUUCUUCGCACAGAAGCCACCCCUAUGGGCCCCCGCUACCAAAACUUGCCAAGUAGGCCCACUACAAUUUCUUCUCAGAAAGAAUAGUCAGGAAUUGGAACGGGUUGCCCAGGGAAGUAGUGGAGUCACCUGGGGGUGUUCAAGGAAAGGCUGUACGUGCUGCUUAGGGACAUGCUUUAGUGGGUGACAUUGGUAGUAGGGGGAUAGUUGGACCAGAUGAUCUUGAGGGACUUUUCCACCCUUAAUGAUUCUACGAUUCUGUGAUUCUAAUUAGGAGGCUUUGAACCCUGAUGGUGAGAGUUGGAGAAAGGAGUCAGGGCUCAGACCGGACUGUCAACUGCAGUAAAGACUAUUAAGACCGCUGGCUUUGUAACGUCUCUUGCUGAUGUCUGGGGGAGAAAACGAGCUCUGGUCUCACCCUGCUCUCGAGAAACCGUGGAGGAGAAGGACGUGAGGAGGGAGCAAGCUGCGAGCCAAACGCCAGGUGUCCUGCGGCUGUCCCGGAGGGUGGCAAUGCUGGCCCAAAGGUGCGGUGCAGGCGCCGCCACUCCAGGGCUGCAGCCCUGUCCGAGGGACAUCUCCGCUCCUGCCUGUGGCACGGGGAGCGUUGCCAGCAGGCCGAGGGAAGCAAUCCUUCCUCUCCACCGCGUGCCGCGGGACCCGGCGUUUGAGCCCACGCCGGCUGCAAGAGCGGCCACCCUCUUGCUUGGGUGCCAAGGGCCCAGGCCCCAGCGGGGCACCUCCAGCCACCCCCGUGAGGCGGGGGCUCUGUCACAGUGGGUCCCUGCCCAAACGGGGGGCGUGCGGUGGUGAUGUCACAAUGGCCACUGUGACCCGCGGGGCGAGGAGCAGAUAAAAGGCUGCUGGGCUCGGGCCGUGCCUCAGUGCGAUUUGGUGAGUUGGGGAGAGAGCAGGGAGGAGGGGGCUGGCCGGGGCUGCCGAGGGAGGAGGGGUCCCACACCUCGGGCCCGUGCUACAGACUCACCCUCGUCCUGCUUCUCCCUCAGGGUCGGCAGAGGAGCGUGUGGAGGAGAAACCCCGGCACUGCUGGGGCAGCGACUCUCCAAGUGCUCGCUGUCGAAGUGCACCAUGUCUGCAAUGAAGCGGAAGGCUCCCGACUCGAGGGAACAAGGUGAGAGAAAAGCAUCCCAUCCCACAGGAGGGCGGGGAGGGGCUGGGGGGGGUGCCUGUGGCUGAGAGGGGAGGCAGGGGCAGGCAGGGGCUCCCCAACCACCCCGGGGCAGGGCCCCUCUGCUCCUUGGCAGGGGGGGCCCAGGUCGGGCUGUGGGUGCCUGCUGGGACCCUUGUGCCUGCUGUGCCCCCUUCCCCUCCACAGCCUCUGGCCCUGCCCAUCAGCCAGCGUGGCAGGGACAGAACAGGCCCUCGGGGACAGUCCCUCAGGGACACCUGGCCCCGCAAAGGCGCUCAAUGGCUGUGCCGUUUGCUCUCUCCCCUCCAGCAUGCAUGCUGUGUGGCCGGGCAGAUGCUGACCCAAACAUCUGCGGCCCCAAACACAAAAGGAAUGGGCUCUGUGCCCACGCGUUUUGCCUGGUGAGUUCUCCGUGGCUCCUGUCAGCAUCCCACCAGGGACGGUCCCUUCCUCUACGACCCCUAAUGAGAUCCUGCUCUUUUCUCUUCUACAGUAUUUUGUGGAUAGCCUUUCACGGCGUGGAAGCAUGCGCAAACACAUAGAGGGGUACCGUCCUGACGACAUCCGAUGCGCGAUCAAGCGGGCAUCCCAGAAGGUGAGGACCUGAUGGGGAACAGGGAGGUUUGUGCCAGGAGAUGCUCCCGCAAGCUUAGCCUGGACCCCAAGGAAGCAAUCCCAGCCUUUCCAACCUGCUCCGGGACAAACUGCUGCUCUGGCAGACGAGCCUCGUCCGCCAGGCGGGUCUGCAGAGUGUGACCCAGCAGCGCCCGCACCCUGUGCCCUGCCCUGCCCAGGGGUGUGGGGCCAGCGGUGGCGGCGGCAUCGAGCCUGCUGCUAAUGGGGCUGCUGUGUUCUUUUCAGCAAUGCUUCGUUUGUGGCGAGCGAGGGGCCACCAUCACCUGCACGGAGACGGGCUGUGAACGCAGCUUCCAUCUCCCCUGCGCCUCGGAGGGAGAAUGUGUCACCCAGUUCUUUGGGCGGUACAGGUCCUUCUGCUGGGAGCACCGCCCUCAGCAGGCAGUGCAGGCAGCUCCAGAGCAGGACACCACCUGCACCAUCUGCAUGGACCCUGUGGGGGACAGCAAGUCCUACCACACCAUGGUGUGCCCAGCCUGCAGUCACGCCUGGUUCCACCGGGGCUGCAUCCAGGAACUGGCCAUACACACAGACAAUCACCGCAUCAAGUGCCCCGUCUGCAGAAACAGGGGGGAGUUUCGUUCAGAAAUGUCCAUCAUGGGGAUCCGAGGGAUCCGAGUCCCAGUCAGAGGACCAGCCUGGGAGAACAACAACGCCUCUGCAUCGCUGCAAGAGAGGUGCCGGCGCUGUACUGCCAGGGAAUGCCUUUACCCACAAGGCAGGGAGCAGGCGGAGGGACAGGGGCCCUGGCAGCUGCUCCUGUGCCGCUCCUGCGCUGCCGAAGGCACCCACCGGCGCUGCUCCAACUUGACCAACAGCGCAGGCACCUGGGAGUGCGACAGCUGCGCUGGCGUGGGCACCAGCAGCCAGGCAGCACUGUGGCCAUUACAAGGGAUCCUGGUGACUGACAGUAGAAGACGGGAGAGAGACCGGACGACGAUCCGCCAUCCAGCAGGGGACGGCCCAGAGAAGCCGCUCCCCAUUACAACACCAGGCCCCAAAUACCCAGAGGCAGACCCGAAGACGGCAUCGGAGCAGACGUGCUACAACCCCCAGUGCUCAGAGCAGCAGCGACAGCAGCAGCAGCUCUGCCAGUGGAACAGCACCAGGAACCUCCAGUCGCUCCACGGUGCCCGAAGGCAGACACCCCGCCAGCCAGCGGGGGCGACCCCGGACGAGAAGCCGCUCACCGCUGGAACGUCCAGCCCCAGAUCCCCAGAGCCGGCCCCGAAGACGCCGCAGGAGCAGCCGUGCACCACAAACUGGUGCUGGGAGCAGCAGCAGCACCAGAUCUGCCAGGCGGGCGGCAUCGGGGUCCCCCAGUGGGUCCCCGGGGCCUAA